AUGUUAUCAGAAGAUCAUUCAGUGGAGAGUAACAACAACAAGAAGAGAGGUUAUGAGGAGCAAGCGGAUCAUACGAACACCAUAGUCUCCAACAGCACAGAUCUCCACAAACAAGAAGAAGACAGAACUUUGGAUGAAGAAUUUCAGGAGGAAGAUGCCCGUAUCAUGUCCACCUCGGAACAAGAAUCACUGAUAGACAAUUUUAGAAAGAAGAGAAAACUCUUUGUAGAGGAGAAGAAAGCCUUUUCAUUACACACGUUUGAGUAUGACUUGAUCGAGGAUGUCAUGUCUCACUUGGAGCAAGCAAAAGAUGACGAAGAGUCCAAGCUCUUGUAUCAACGUCUGUGCAAUCUUCAACAACAAGCAGAUGAACAAGAUUAUGAAGGAAAGUCAUCAGAAGAAAUCAAGAAACUUCUAUGCCAAGAAGAGGUUGAAAGUAUUUAUUUGAGUAAUGAUCAGUUUGAGAAGUGUUGGCACGUGUUGCAAGCGAAAAUUGUGUUGCAGAGCUUGAAAUUGAGAGAUCCACAACAUCAGAAGGAUCCACUUUCCGACUUGGAUUGGACCAUGAUGGAGGAGUUGACAAAAACGCUCGGCAAACCAUUCCCUGAUAAAACCAUUGCAGUCAAGAUUAAGGAAGAACAGGUUAAUGCCAUCUUGAAAGAAUUCAUUUCCAAACGAGAGGCUAUCGAAAGUACUGCAUUGUAUUGUGCCGACUUUCUCGUGAAACGAUGUGUUGUACAUGAUGUGGAAUUUAUUUCUCAACUGAUUGAUUCAACAGCAAAAAUUCAUAGAACGAAUCUGGACGUACAAGCAUGUCAGAUUGCCGAAAAUUCCAUGGGAUUUGGAGAUACUCAGCCAGAACUCACGAACGAGGUUAUUGAUACGUGGCAAACGUUUAUAUUACCACAAGUCGUAAAAACUCAACAAGAGCUCAAUUGUUUGCCAGAACCACAUUUGACUGUAUCAAUUGAGCGCAGUGAUGAAAAGAAAAAGCUCGAUGAAAAACUAUUGUUGAAUGAGUAUAACGAAGAAGAAUAUGCUUUUUAUUUGGAUGGAUUUUUCAUGAAUUCUAAAGAAAGUAUCAAAGAAGAACGAGAGCAGGAAAAAGAAUUUGAAGACGAAGAGCAGUUUUUUUAUGAUGACAGCGAUUGCAAUGAUUUCAGCGUUGCGCACUUUUCCCAUCUGUUCAACAAACUCUUACCAGACGAGGAUAUGACAUACAUUCCUCCAUUCUCUCAAUUACUUCUUAAAGAUGCUGAAGACUUAUUUGAUAACCCCUAUUUCAGCAUUAUUGAGCUUACCCUUCGCAUGUACGACAAGAGUGUUGUCACUCACGAAGAGCAUCAAGACUUACCUGUUUCUACGAUGAGACUCGGCGUUUCCUUGAUGAUAUUAAAUUGUCUGAACAAGGAAAUUUGUAUAAUGAAGCAACGAAAAAGUAUAGAAGCUUGUCAGAUAAUGUAUAGACCCUUAGUUAGAGCAUUAUUGGACACAUUUAUUGUUGACAGUUAUCAUUCUCCAGUACUAUGUUGGAAUGGCAAGCAACGACUUGCUAACAUCCGAUCGAUUAAGGAGUAUGACGAAGAAGAUCUGUACGAAUUCCAGAAAGAUGUUUUUUUACAAAUAAGAGGAUUAAGACCCAGUUUGAAUGAUGAUGAUUUCACAGACUCAGAUGAGGAAGAUGAGACAGAAACUGAUGAAAGUGACUGCGAUAUGGAGAGUAGCCAGGCUCAAGAAUUACUAUCGGACCCUUGCUCCAAAUCAGAAACCUUUAUUAAGGAAAAUGAUGUGGAAAAGAGAGAAGUGAAUUACGAAGAAAACUCCAUUAACCCCUCACAAUGUCACCCAAUUUGGGAACAUGAGUUCAACACUCAAGUGUCACCUAAAAAACAUUGCCUCGAUACAAUAAUGCACCAUAACCCUGUUCCGACUAGCUUGACCACUUCUGAAAACUGGCUUUGUGAUGUACAUGCAAUUGCCAAGGACAGCUUUGUGAAAGAACCCGUUUAUGACCAGGAAUGGGUCACUCUUUAUUUUCCACAAGUGAGGAGAUUUUAUAAUGAGGACAAUAUUUUAAGUGCAGACCAUGUCAAUGAGCGACAUCCGUAUCUUGACAUAGAAUAUCAAGAUCCCUCACAAAGUCAUUCGUUUCACAUUGAUUUAUUACGAAUUAUGAGAAGAGGUUCCAUGAAGUCAUGUACUGAAGGAGUGGCGAUUGAGGCCUUCUUUUCAUUGAAGAAUUUUAUCAGUUCUGUUUUUCAAAAGCUGCAUUUAUUGAAAAAGACUGAUGGUGAUAGAACUGUCACAGCACAAGAUGUUGAAAAAGUCAUUGGAAAAGAUCUUGUAAAUGUCAUUGGUUUGCGUCAUGCUCAACAUGAUGACGAACAAAUAUAUGAGGCACCACGAACCGUUUCAUUCAAAACUCAACCUGUGGAACCACCUGAAAAAUUCUCUGACAUUGUUUAUGAAAAUGAGGACAAUUUACUGACCACUAAGGGAGAUGACACUCCCCUACGGUUUUCAAGUUCAUCUACCAGCAGUCCCCAUCACGUGUAUUCAUCAUCUGAAAAAUUCGAUUCAGUCCGUGUUGGUACCCCUCCCGCUGUAUCUCUAUAUCACGAUCUCAUUAAUAAUGGUACGAUGGCAAAUGAUCUUACCUUGCUGUUUCAAUCCGGAAAAUUCACAGACAGCUUUAUAGAAUCGAGUGAAGGUGUAAAAAUUGGAGUUUAUACUCCAAUAUUGAAAGUAAGAUGUCCAUCUUUGUAUGAACAAUUUUUCAACAGUCCUGAAAAACGAGAGCUUGGUCUACAUGCUGCCAAAUUAAUCAGCAGUACGGAUUUCAAAAUUGAUGAAAAUGUCGAACAAGCAACGGAAAUUCAAGAACUGUCUUCGAUAAUGGAUAGUAAGGUGUGUACUGCAUGGAUAGAGAAUGUGUACUUGGGAGUUUUUGAAAAUAUGUUCGAUGAAUCAAGUGACGCAUCCCGAUUUAAAACAUUAGAGACCAUAAACAUGAAAUAUCCCAUUGUAGCCAAGAAUGUGAAUUCAGAUACUUGGUUGGAAUGGGAGACAUCCACGGAUAAUAUGUUGCAAGAUCCAAAUCACUACAUUAAUCAUGACAUGGAAUAUUUAUUGGAUCGACAUGAUGAUUAUGAGAAAUGUCUGACGUUAAAUGCUUUGUACAAUGACAAUGAGAGCAAGGACUUUUCGUUGCAAAUCUGUCACAACAAUUUUGAGCCCAGCAUUCCUCUCGUACAGUGUAGAGCACACAAAUACAUACUAGCAUGUAGAAGCUCAUUUUUCCGAGUACUAUUCGAAGGAAACUUUGGAGAUGAACAAUCCAUUUCUUAUGAUGCCAGUGAAAUUUUCAGAGAUGUGAAAGCGUUGGAAAUGUUCGUAUUCUACUUGUAUCACAACUUUUUAAGUGAUCGCUAUGAGUCAACUUUUUCACAACUGAUUGAGUUGUAUCAGGCAGCAGAUUUUUUUGAUGUGAACGGACUCAAAGAUUUAGUUCAAUUUCAACUUGGUGUCAAUGUUCAGAGCUCAUCACUUGAAGAAUGUGUGGAUUUACUUCAAUUUUCAUUGGAAAACGAUAUGAAAGAAUUGUUUAUUACCGUGAACAACUUGCUACUCUCUACAUAUGAUUCAGAUGGUUUCACCAUUAUGGAUGACAUAACUACAGAAUAUUACAAAACUCUUUCUGGCAGCAUUGAUUUAGAAAAUGUGAUUGUAAAACUCGAAUUUGUUUAUCGAGUAUUGAAUUCAGACAACAGCUUGCACAUGUUUUAUAGAGAAAUGCUUGACUCAUUCCAUAGAACUCAGCUGAUUUGGUUCAUCAUUAGAAAUCUUGUUUCGUUUAAUACUGUUGACGGUUUGGAAUGCCUAAAGACAAUUAAGGAAACACGAGACCCCAAUUCCAGAAAUUUAUUUCAAGUUGUUCAUGAUCUUGCUGAAAGAUAUGGAUAUGAGUUCUAA